CCAAAAAUAAAACACUACAUACUGUCUCGAGAGGUUUGUCCUGUCUCGCUUUCUUCCCAAUUAUCUGUCAACAGCGCAUAUCGCACCCACUUUUAGGAGGAGUCUGUCACCCAUCUCUCGCCUUUGGCAGAGAAGUCACUCAUCGCGAUAUGGAGUACAAAGACAUAUGAACACGGGGAUCAGCUGCGUGAGCAGUCCGAACACCAGCAACCACCUCAACCCAAAACAACUCAACACCCACUCGUUAUACCUCUCAGUGCCUCAUCAUCUACAAUGCCCCGCAGGAUCACCUGGCAAGGCAUCAAUGAGCAUCUAAACUUCUUCCGAUACCAUGUCAUCCUCUUCACCUUUGUGCCCAUCGUUGCGGCAUGUAUUUUUUACGCUGCCAAUGGGACAGCAACUGGAAACGCCAACAGUCCCGAUGUUGGGAUUCAAAAGGUCCUCUUCAUUGACUCAUUGUUCUUGUGCUAUUCAGCUAUGACAGUGACGGGUCUAGUGACUGUCAAUCUCUCGGCCGUACAUCCCUUUCAACAAGUCAUCUUACUGGUCCUGUUCGUAUGUGGUGAUCUGACGUUUGUCUCCUACAUCAUGGUCUUGAUACGCAAGCGAUUUAUACGCGUCCAUUGUGAAGAAGCACUACGAAACACGAAUUCGCUUAAACCAUCCCGGACCGGGACACUACUAAGACGAGCAUCCACUUUGCCAAUCAGUGGCUUCAGAUCCAACCUCAGGCAUCGUUUCAAAGGUGGAAAGAUCAACAUCUCUGGACCGACAGAUGGUCAUGCCGUCAGUCGGGUUAUUGAAGACAAUCAUCCCAGGACAAUGACCCAUCCGGAAGAUUCACCCAUGUCACCUCCACGCAGAGACUCUCGGCUAGCAUCUUUCGCCUCUCAGCACGAUCUUGGUGCGGCUCAACUGCCGACUAUCGGUGAGAGUACUCAGGGCAGCUCGUCCGUGUCCGAUGAGCGCAAGAGCUCCAUCCAAUCCCCCCCUCCGGAACAACAGGAUGUACACCAGAACCAUCACCCUGGGCACAUCGCGUUUGAUUCGCCAUCCAAUGCGCAGUAUAGGGACAGGCAAUUGUUAAGGGAACGCACCCGAACCAUGACUAUGGACCGAAGGCGAUCCAUGUCAAUGGAUCGUACAAGGACCACGACUAUGGAGAGACACCCCACCAUAACGCUUGAUCGAGCGAUGACCACCCGCCUAGAUUCUCAUAAUCACAUUCCUUUUGCAAGCCCUCAAAAUCUAGGAAGGAUGCCGAAGCCAAUCCCAUUACACAUACCUCGAGGCGAUCGCAACAUGAACACGGGUUACGGUGGAUUCUCGUACCCACCAUACCUUCUGUCCUACUUGAUACCCAAACGAUUCCGGGACAAGAUAUGGCGGACAGUCUCAGGUCAUCAGGAGAGAAAUACGCUGCUAAUGCAUCCGACAAUCGCACCGGAAGGGAUCAGUCAAGGCGGACGUACGGUCGAGGUCAAUCCGGUUGUCGAGGACAGCUUUGGUGCCAUGGUCAGGGCAAAAGUUGCUCGAUGGAUGCCUGAUGGCAUGGAGCAUUUGGUCAUUGGUCGAAACAGUCGAUUCUUCACGGAAGAGCUCGACAGGGACGCGAUAGAUCAGCUUGGGGGUGUUGAAUAUAGAGCGCUGCGGAUGCUGUCGUACUUCUUACCUCUGUACAUUAUGCUGAUCCAAAUUAUCCCGUUCGCCAUCAUCGCCAUCUACCUCACUUCAGUCUCAGAUUGGGAUUAUGUCUUUCAGAUGCAGAAGGGCGCUCAAGACGUCACGGUGGAUAAGACUUGGUUCUCGUUCUACUUGACGGCUUCAGCGUUCUCCGGUUGCGGCAUGAGUCUGUUGGAUCAGAGUAUGGUGCCUCUCAAUCAUACCUACUGUGUACUCUAUUGCCUCUUGUUCGUGAUCAUCCUAGGCAAUCAUGCUCUACCCAUGAUGUUGCGAUUGCUCGUAUGGAUAGCUUGCAAGAUGACUCGAGAGGGAAGCGAGAUGAAUCAGACCUUGCACUUCUUGCUUGAUCAUCCGAGACGGUGCUAUUUGUACUUAUUUCCAAGCCAGCAGACAUGGUAUCUCACUUUCGUUUUCGUAGCUUUCAUGGGCGUCGAGAUAUUUGGAUAUCUUGUCCUGGAUAUUGGUCUCAGUGUGCUCGAGAUGAGCCCAUUCCAACGCUUUAGCGAUUCAUUUUUCCAGUCUGCUAGUGUCCGAGCGACAGGCUUCGCCAUCAUCGGGAUUUCCAAUCUCGCUCCCGCUGUCCUAUUUCUCUACGUCAUUCUGAUGUACGUUGCCAUCUAUCCUAUCGCGUUAUCCGUUCGAGCCACCAAUGUCUACGAGGAAAGAUCUCUCGGAGUGUUUGAAGAUCACAGUGAUCUCAAGGCGGAGAAUGAGCCAGCUUUCCGAGGCCGUAAGAGUGAAGUCUUCGGCAAAUACCUCUGGUGGCAUAUGCGUCGUCAGCUCGCGUUUGAUAUUUGGCCGUUGGCCGUUGCGAUCUUUACUAUUGCCUGUUUUGAGCGUGGAAAACUGUUGGAUCCAAACCGAUCAGCUUAUUUCGACAUUUUCCGAAUCAUCUUUGAAUGUACCAGUGCGUACUCGACCAUUGGACUAUCUAUGGGUACGCCCAAUAACAAUUUCUCAUUUGCCGGAGAGUUUGGAACGUGCUCAAAGCUUGUCGUCAUUUUAGUCAUGCUCCGUGGUCGCCAUCGAGGAUUACCACUGGCUAUUGACCGAGCCAUCAUUCUGCCUCACGAAUACCAACAAAUCGGCAAGAAGGACCCUGCCCCUGCAUCGGCCCAGCCCGGGCAAAAUGGGUCUCAUGGCGAGUCCAACGAGCCACCAGACCACACAGUCCAAUCUCAAGUGUAACAUAUUCCCUU